AUGACUGAAACGACCAGACUGCAUAUCACGCCUUUCACCCAGGAUAUCCUUCCGUCUGUGCUGCCAGCAUCUAUUCGCAACUUGGCCACAGAAAUAUCUUUCCACGAGAUUUCCACCUUCCCAGAGAAUAACUACGGAUACGUGACUCUGCCAAACAUGGAAGCGGAGAAGAUCAAGAAGAAGUUGAACGGCUCGAUCCUCAAGGGCAAGAAGUUCAAAGUCGAGGCAGCCCGCCCUCAAAAGAGACACCGGGAGGAAGAGGAUGUGGUGCCUGAAGCCCCCUCUAGCGCCAAGAAAAAGUCCAAGAAGUCCAAGAAGCAAGCGCCCGAGGACGGUGUAGUGGAAGGCUUUGAGCUUCCCGCAGACCGCAAAGUGAAACGAGGCUGGACCGAGUCCAGUGAUUCCAAGCAGGAAAGACGAAAGUCGGAGAAGAAAGAGAAGAAGAGCAAGGAGGAGAAAUUGCAACCCAAGUCCAAGUACACCGACAAAUCCGAAUGUCUGUUCCGAGCAACGAUCCCACCAAACCGAGUAUCCGACGCAGCUUCCGAUGAUAAGAAAGCAAAGAAGAAGAAGAAGUCCAAGGAUAAUGUCAUCCAUGAGUUUGAGAAAACGGUGACCCAGCCAAGCUUCCUGCGCACCGCGGAGGAAAGCGCAGCGCCUACGGCUACAUUUGAAGAUGGAAAAGGCUGGGUGGAUUCCACCGGGAAUCUGAGAGAACCCGCCAGUGAGAAGAUCUCCAAGGAUAAUUACCGGCCUGGUAAGAUUCCAGGGGCCAAGGAGAAGCGCCGAGCUGCCAAAACGGCCGCCAAAGACACGAAAAAGGGUUCACGCAAAGAAAAGACUCCAGAGGAAUCUUCUGAGUCUGAAGAUUAUACCUCAUCGAGUGGCUCAUCUUCAGACGAGGACAGUGACUCGGAGAGCGAGGUGGAUGAGAGCAAACCGGAUGAGAACCCUGAAGAUUCAUCUGCAUCUUCUGGCGAGGAGGAUGCCAAGCCGCAAUCCCAAGAAGAGACCACCAAGUCUACAGAGGCUAACGACGGUGAUGCUGAUACACCGAGCCAGUCGGACUCGGAUGAGAUACCCACGGAGGCUGCGCAAGAGGUGGAACAAGAUCCAUCUGCCAAGGAAGUCCACCCUCUUGAAGCACUUUUCAAGCGGGCCCCGCCGACAGCAUCCGAUAACCAGCCAGCUCCCGAAGCCGAGGCUGGAUUCAGCUUCUUUGGUAAUGACAUUGAAUCCGAGGACGAGCCUCAAAUGGCUGAGCCGCAGACACCUUUCACACCCUUCACGAAGAACGACCUACAAAACCGAGGUCAGCGCAGUGCAGCUCCCACUCCCGACACUACUGCGGCCACCCGGCACAUGACGUGGAACGAGAGUGAGGACUCGGAUGAUGAGGAUGUUUCGAUUGAUAGCCCUGUCACAAAAGCUCGUGCGGAAGCCGGUGCAAGCAUGGAAGAAACCGAAUUCGCAAAGUGGUUCUGGGAGAAUCGCGGUGACAACAAUCGCGCCUGGAAGAAGAGGCGACGUGAUGCUGCCAAGGAACAGAGACAGAGAGACAACCGGAAGAAGGGAAUCAAGGGAAAGUCAUAA